UCCCGGGCUGGGCGGUGCCCGCGGGAAUUUGAAAUGGCUGAAGGGUUGCUGGCGGGGUUUGGGCUGGAGUCCGAAGCCAUGGGGCCGCAUCCGGAGCGCACGGGCUGGGCGGCCGAGGAGGAGCCGGCGCCCCUGGAGAAAGCCUUGUUCCAGGACGGAGGCUCGUGCAGCGACUGCAGCGGGGACAGCGGGCCCGGGUCCCGGUUACCCAGCUUCGUGCUGCAGGGGAAGACCAGCUUCCCGGAGCUGUUCCAGACGGACCACCUGCUGUUCUACGAGCGCUUCUCGGCCUACCAGGACUACAUCCUAGCGGACUGCAAGGCCUCGGAGGUGAGAGAGUUCACCGCCGAGUUCCUGGAGAAGGUCCUCGAACCGUCCGGAUGGCGGGCCGUCUGGCACACGAAUGUGUUCGAGGUGCUGGUGGAGGUCAGGGACGUGGACUUCGAGGCCCUGAAGGCCGUGGUGCAGCUGGCGGAGCCCUGCCUCUGCGAGUCCCCGCUGAGCACCUUCACCCCCGAGUGCCUGCGCGAGCUGCUGGACCUGAAGGCGUGGCGGCUGCCCCUACAGGAGCUCUGGGUGGUGUUCGACGGCUCCGGCGCGCUCGACCAGACCGCGCUCGCCGUCGAGCACGUCAGGUUUUUCUACCAGCACAUCUGGAGGAGCUGGGACGAAGAGGAGGAGGAUGAGUACGACUACUUCGUCAGAUGCGUGGAGCCGCGGCUGAGACUGCACUACGACAUCCUGGAGGACCGCGUGCCCUCGGGGCUGGUGGCCGAGUACCGCAGCCGGCUGUCCCAGUGCGAGGACGUGUACCGGAACUUCCUGAGCCUGCGCAGCAGCCUGUCGGCCUGCGACUCGGACAGCGAGCAGGGGAACCUCUCCAUGGUGGAGGGGCUGAAGCUGUACUCCGAGAUGGAGCAGCUGAAGCAGAAGCUGAAGCUCAUCGAGAACCCCCUGCUGAGGUACGUGUUCGGGUAUCAGAAGAAUUCUAACAUCCAAGCCAAGGGCGCCCGUCCCCAGGGCCAGAAGGUCACCCACGUGGUGGCGUCCACCUUGACGGCGGGGCUGCUGCGGUCCCUGCUCCGGCACAGGCUGUGUCGCGAGCCCUGUGAGGAGGACGCCGAAGUCCAGUUCCACAGGGACCUGCUGUCGGCCGUCGGCGCCUGCUACGAAGGCGACACCGUCAUCGUCUGUCCCGGCCACUACGUGGUGCACGGCCCCUUCGCCCUCGCGGACUCCAUCGAGCUGGAGGGGUUCGGGCCCCCCGACGACGUGGUGAUCGAGCAGCGGGGCAAGGGGGACACGUUCGUGGACUGCACGGGCGCCGACGUCAAAAUCUCCAACAUCAAGUUCGUGCAGCACGAUGCGGUCGAAGGGAUCUUAAUCAUCCACCAGGGCCGGACUGCCGUGGAGAACUGCGUGCUGCAGUGCGAGACGACCGGCGUCACCGUGCGCACCUCCGCCGAGUUCCUGAUGAAGACCUCGGACCUGUACGGGGCCAAGGGAGCGGGCGUGGAGAUCUACCCUGGGAGCACGUGCACGCUGAGCGACAGCGAGAUCCACCACUGCAAGGAGGGCAUCCUCAUCAAGGACUUCUUGGACGAGCACUACGACCUCCCCAGAAUAUCCAUGGAGAACAACAUCAUACACAACAACGAAGGCUACGGCGUCGUGCUGGUGAAGCCGACCAUUUUCUCCGACCUGCAGGAGAGCGCCCCCGGCGGAGCCGAAGACAAUAAAGCCCUGAAGUCCCAGACCAGCCGAGAGGCAGAGGCGGCCGAGAGAGUGGACCUGGAGGAGCUGAUUGAGUGCGCGGCGGCCGGGAGGGCGGGGCUCGGCGCCAGGCCCGGCCUCCCGGAGCAGGUCGAAGGCAACUGCGAGAUCGUCAGCGAGCUGGUGGCGGCGUCCACCCAGAAGGGCCGGAUGAAGAAGAAGAGGCUGAGCGAGCUGGGGAUCACGCAGGCGGACGACAACCUGAUGUCGCAGGAGAUGUUCGUGCGCAUCGUGGGGAACCAGUUCAAGUGGAACGGCAAGGGCAGCUUCGGCACGUUUCUGUUCUGACCUGGCGCUCAGGCAGUGGGGGGCGGGGCGCGGCACCCGGCCCGGGAUCCCUGCCGCCCUGGCCCUCCUCCUCGUCCGUGCAGAUUCGAGUGCCGGUGGGCUCCCGGCUGCAGGCGCACAGAGAACGUGCCGGGUGUUUAAGAGGCGCUAAAGUCAUGUAAAGUAGAAGGUGCUGCAGACUUCGUGCCUAGAAAGGCUUGCACGGUUCUGUGACAUUGGGCCUACUGGUAACCUCCCAGUGUAAAUACACUUCAGCGACCCAGCACUUCCGAGAGCAGGAGGGAGUCGGGGGACGCGGGGCGGGGCACACGCUCGCGGUCCGGGUCGGUUGCGCAGACUUCCCGCGGUGUCCGCUGCUCCUGCGCCUGGCGUCCGUGGCGUCUGGGCGCGGUGCCCGUCUCAGGAGAGCGGCUGUUCUAACCGGGGCUGCCUGCCUCACAGCCUCUGCCCCAGGGCGGGGGCUGAGGCGACCCGCGUCGCCGUGGAGACAGGAGAUGACGAGAGCAGUUAGCGGCAGAGGUGCGGUGAGCCACCCUGAGCCAGGGCCUCCGCCGGGCGCUGCUGCUGGGGGUGCUGAUGAAACCGAAGCUGGCGCCUCACCGCGGCGGCGCUCUGAUCCAACCGCGUGCAGACCACACCCGGUGCGCGCCGCGCCGGCGCUGUGCUGCACCGUCAAGUGCAAAACCCGCCUUUUAAAAAUAUUUAUAUUAAGAGAUACUGUAUGUGACAUUAAUAUGUCUAUUGAUUAAAAUUAUACUGAUGAAC